UCUUUUUCGGCCAUGGCGGUGCGGGCCAGCUUCGAGAACAACAACGAGGUCGGGUGCUUCGCCAAGCUCACCAACGCCUACUGCCUGGUUGCCAUCGGGGGCUCGGAGGGUUUCUACAGUGUGUUUGAAGGGGAGCUUUCUGAUACCAUCCCUGUAGUCCAUGCUUCUAUUGCUGGGUGUCGGAUCAUUGGCAGAAUGUGUGUGGGAAACAGGCACGGGUUGUUAGUCCCAAACAAUACCACAGACCAGGAGCUUCAGCAUAUCCGAAACAGCCUUCCAGAUUCAGUGCGAAUCCAGCGAGUGGAAGAGCGCCUUUCAGCCCUGGGCAAUGUCAUUACAUGCAAUGACUAUGUAGCCCUUGUUCAUCCAGACAUUGACAGAGAAACAGAGGAGAUUUUAGCUGAUGUACUGAAAGUAGAAGUAUUCAGACAGACUGUAGCAGAUCAAGUGCUGGUGGGAAGUUAUUGUGCAUUCAGUAAUCAAGGAGGAUUGGUGCAUCCAAAGACUUCUAUUGAAGACCAAGAUGAACUCUCCUCACUGCUACAAGUCCCACUUGUGGCUGGGACUGUUAACCGUGGCAGUGAGGUGAUUGCAGCUGGAAUGGUUGUGAAUGACUGGUGUGCCUUUUGUGGUCUGGACACAACCAGCACUGAGUUAUCCGUUAUUGAGAGUGUCUUUAAGCUAAAUGAAGCACAGCCAAGUGCUGUUGCCACUAAUAUGAGGGAGUCUUUGAUUGACAGCUUGACAUGAUGUGUUCCCUGACCACCAUGGAAGCUCUGAAGGAGUGAAAUGCCUGAUUAUGAUCUUGACAGCUCACUAAAUUAUAUA